AUGGUGACUUACAAGUUUCAUCAGUACCAAGUGGUGGAGAGAGCUCUACCAACGGAGACAGAUGAGCACCCGAAGAUCUACUGGAUGAAGCUCUGGGCCACCAAUGAGGUUCGCGCCAAGUCCAAAUUCUGGUAUUUCCUGAGGAAGCUUAAGAAGGUGAAGAAGAGCAACGACCAAGUCCUCGCUAUUAACGAGCAGCAUUAUGGAAUCAGCAAUGCCAAAUCGUAUUGGAAGAUUCUGGAGGAAGAUGACAUGGAGGAAAUGCACAUGCUUUCUGUUUUUUUCUGCCCUCAUUCUGUUAUGUAA